GAGUCUAUUGUCCGCGACUUUUGCGACGCCCUAAUACUGGCUAAGAAUGAGGCCUUACUUGAGGGUAAGGAGUCGGCUCCCUAUCUCAAUGAUGAUAAUAUCACCAUGGUGGUUUGGGACCUGUUUAUUGCCGGUGUGGACACCACUCACAACACAUUCAAAUGGCUAUUAUUAUUGGUGGCCUAUUAUCCGGAGGUCCAGAAUCGACUCCGACAGGAGAUUAGCGAUAAAAUCGGCGACAGAAUGCCUGUACAACAGGACAUACAUGAGUGUCAUUACAUCCAGGCUUUUAUAUCGGAGACUAUGCGCUAUCGACUGGUCGUCCCGCUCGCCCUCUUUCAUAAGGCAGUCGUCAAUACAAACAUUGGAAUUCAUACGAUUCCGGAGGGAACAGGAGUUUUCCUAAAUUUAUACAGUAUAUUAAAUGAUGAGAAGCACUGGGCAAACCCGGAUCAGUUUAGGCCCGAGCGUUUUCUAGACAGUGAGGGUCGGUAUGUGACAGUCAAACCUCAGGCGUACGUACCGUUUGGUGUGGGGAGGCGUAUAUGUUUGGGCGAAAAGUUGGCGAUCGUUGAGUUGUUUAUGGUUUUGGUCCGAUUCUUGCAGUCGACCACUGAUUAUGAUAUUAGAGUCACUGAUGGCACAGACCUGGAGCCUAAUUAUCACAUCAAUGAAGGCAUUAUU